AUGUCGGCCAGUAACCAGCAAAAGCAGUCACAGACACAGCCCCGAAUAUCAGCACCUAACACCGUCAUGGCUGAGAUCGUUGUUGGACCCAAGGCAAAACGCUUCACUGUGCACCUCAACCUUAUUGUCUACUACUCGCCCUUCUUUCUCGCUGCCCUGAAAGGUCCCUUCAAAGAAGCCAAAGACAAAGUCGUCACCCUGCCUGACACUGAAGCGAACAUCUUCGAGCUGUUCGCCAACUGGUUGUAUCGUCAACGUUUCCCCACAGAGGCCGACUCUCCGCAGCUACUCGCGCUCUACCACCGCGACGAAGACGCCAACUUUCGAUUUGACCGGCUUGUUAGGCUCUACGUCUUCUCCGACAAAUACGACGUUCCUAAGCUCAAGCGGCAGUGUCUGGAUACGAUCUUCGAGUAUCUUGUCGAUGAGGAUCUACUACCAGAUCUUUCCCACGUUGUCUACGCAGUCAAGAACUUAGAUGAUGAGGAUCCACUUCUACCCGGAUCGAAAUGUUACCGGCUCCGUUUCUAG